GACGUCACGAACAGGAAGUGAAAGCUAGGUCGUCCGACUACAGUGCUGCGCUGCAGAGAAAUGUCGCCGUAAACACGCGCAGCACACGUUAAAAGACGACGGUUUAUCCAGCGGACACAGGAGAGAGAUUCGUGUGAGUGAUGGUGUGGCCUGUGUGGGCGGUGCUCCGCAGAGUGGCAUGUCAGGGAGCCCCCGCCUCGAGGUUAAACUUACCUAUCGCCGUGAGAAGCACGCAUCGCAGCAGCGUACCUGGACGCGCUGUUGGCACGACCCGCCGCGGACCGUUAACGAGUGAGGUGAGACACCUGCAGUCUGCAGUCAGAAUGCCGGAGAUCACCACAGACCACCUGGACGAGAAGCAGGUGCAGCUCCUGGCUGAAAAGUGCAUCCUUAUCGACGACAACGACCGCAAGACCGGAGCCGACACCAAGAAGAACUGCCACCUCAACUCCAACAUCGACAAAGGUUUAUUACACAGAGCGUUCAGCGUCUUCAUCUUCAACAGUGAAGAGAAGCUGCUCUUACAACAGCGGUCUGAUGCCAAAAUCACUUUUCCAGGCUGUUUCACAAACACAUGCUGCAGUCACCCGUUACACACAGACAGUGAGAUGGAGGAGAAGGAUGCUAUAGGAGUGAGGAGAGCUGCUCAGAGAAGACUCAAAGCUGAACUGGGUAUCCCCAUGGAUCAGGUGACACCAGAAGAAAUGACGUAUCUGACAAGAAUCCACUACAAGGCCCAGUCCGACGGUGUUUGGGGAGAACACGAGAUCGACUACAUCCUCUUCAUGCAGAAGGACGUGGAGUUGAGUCCAGACCCCAAUGAGAUCAAAAGCCACUGUUACGUGAGCAAGGAGGAGCUGAAGGAGAUGUUGAACAAGGCCAAGCGCAAGGAGCUGGAGAUCACGCCCUGGUUCAGCCUCAUCGCAGAGACCUUCCUCUUCAAUUGGUGGGAAAACCUGCAGAACCUCAAACAGUUCAUGGAUCACGACAACAUCCACCGGAUGUAGCCACAGUUCGGGUCAGGUGUCCACCCUUCCAGUCUUUCCAAACCUUUUGGAUGUUACAGCACUCACCUUGACACCCGAGCUUAGCCGGCCGAGCCAGGUGUAGGCCCCCGACAUUCGGAGGUCGGGGAAUAAUAUCACUUGGUCCUUUUCAUCGAGGUAGUAGAGUGUUUUAGCCUUGUUAACUAUAAGAGGGGACGUGGUUUAUAGUAGGUUUGUAACUCUGAGGUGCAUUCAUCAGCACGAGUGGUGAUGUUAGUAGGGCAGGACUCUGAGUCUGUAGUAAAGAAAGGUUUCAGUUAAUCAAUUCUGUUGAGGAUUUACAGACUGAACAUCUUGUAUAAAGUGCCUGAGUACGGGUCUGUAGGCUGAGGUGACUAGUCACAACAACCAACACUGUAUUUUGUUGAUAUCAGUGAACACGCUGUAUCUUCUACUGUUUUACACAAUAAAAGUACUUGAUUGCGUCAUUGGCAA